CUCGCAAUCUUAUCUCGUGCAGUCUCACAACUUCUCCUUUGCCACCAAAAACACAAAUUCAUCAAGCAAAAAUGUUGCUCUCAAACGCCAAAGUGUUUCUCCCUUGCGUUCCAUCCACAUCUUCAUCUUCAUCUUCAUCUUCGCAUUCAGCAAUUCAAAUUGUGUGUAGAUCUGUUGCUCCUUCUGAGACAUGCUCCAUUGUCACAAGCAGGAGAGCCAUCGCUCUCUCUCUCGCGACCGCUGCCGGUUUUCUCUCCGGCACCAAUUACAAGGCCGGCGCCGCCAUUUUGGAGGCGGAUGAAGAUGACGAGCUGAUGGAGAAGGUGAAGAGAGAUAGGAAGAAGAGGCUCGAGAUCAACUCAUCAACUCAGGAAAAAGCAUACCUGCAAGAUGCUGUUUGCAAACUGAGCAAAAUAGGGCAGGCUAUUGAGAAGAAGGACCUUGCUGAAGCAAAUUCUGUUAUUGUGUCAGCCAAGGAUACAACUGAAUGGCUCCAGAAGGUUAAUUCUGCCCUCAACAAGUUGAGUUCUAGUGAAGAGGAGAAGACACAGGCUGAUCUGUUCCAACUGUCAAUGGCCUCCUUAUUCUCAUCCAUUUCUGAAAAAGAUGAAGAAGGGUCUAAGAUAGCAUUUGUGGCAUCUGCAACUGCCUUUGAGAAGUGGACCACUCUAUGUGGGUUGGCUGGACAACUCAAAGGCCUUUGAACUUCCAACACAUUCCCAUUCUUCCCUUGUAACUCACUCAAUUUAAUUAUUGCAACAUUUUCUAUUUUUUUAAAUCCCAUCCUUGCUCCUUGAGAAAAAUAAAUACUACCAAGGCCUUUUUGUAGAACGAAACUUCAUUUGUGCAUGUGUAUAUGUAAAUGUAUGUGUUAAGCCCAAACUCCACAUUACAUUAUAUUACUAGUACUUGCAUAUCUUUGAAUAUUUUACCUUU